UAAGGCAAUUCGGGUUAGAUCCGCAGUCAGUUGUCACGAAUAUGAUACUACGGUGUGGGAGCACAUUUUGAGUUCAUAGCAAGGAAUAUAAUUUAAUUUAUAAAUCGAACAAAAAUAAACUAGUUCAAUAUGGCGGCUAGUGAAUCAAUUAGGCAAUGCAGGGAUGUUAUCUUAAACAACAAACUGGUGACCUUUCUGAGUGUGGCACUUUUUGCCUUCAUGAUAACGACCAUUGCGCUGGCCAGUUCCAACCAAAGCAAGAAAAACGCCAUUCAGGAGUGCCAAGCAGAACUUUCGGAUUCGACUCCAAGGUGCUCGGUGAACCCAACAAAAGAUCUGCCACAAAACGAACCGGUUUAUUUGAGACAUGACGGUAAAUCAUACCAUCUGUGGUAUCCCAGUGCAUUGGUGUUGAAAUGGAACACAACCUCCGAGGAAACAGCCCUUCUCUGUUCAGGGGCAAACAAUGUUCUGGAACAGACUAAUAAGCCGCUCAAUGUUAAGACUUGUUCUAAAGGACAGGAAUUUCUGGUGGAAGGGGCGACAACAGCAAUCAGUGCCAAAGAUCUUAAAUGCAAGGACUCUGUAGACGGAGAAUGUGCCCCCAAUGUUGAACCAUGUGCAAAUAAUCGAGGUGUUCUUAACAAACUGGGUUUCAACGCCGGAACUGGUGGAUUUAUUACUUACAUUGAUAGCUGUUUCGAUGCAGAUAGAUCAUCAGUUUUGUAUACCAGGCACAUACUACCGGGUGCAGCUAUAGCAAACGCCGUGGUAGCUGAUGCUUACCAGACAUGGAGACCUGAUGGAAUAGGCAACAAAAUCGAUGCUGACGCUUUGUACACUCAAACAACACAAUUUGAACGAUUUGAAGCCUUAUUGGGUUCCAAGGCGCAAGCUGAAAAGUACAUAGAACCAGGGAAAACUUUCCUGAACAGAGGCCAUCUAACCCCACGAGGUGACGGAAUCUUUCAAACCUGGAAACAUGCAACGUUCUUCUAUACGAAUGCAAUACCCCAAUGGAAUGUAAUUAAUGAAGGUAAUUGGAACAAUAUCGAGCAACGGGUCAGGAUCGUUGCGUCGUUGCUUCAAGAGGAUGUGCUGGUGAUUCAAGGAUCGUUUGGCGUGUUGUCUCUGCCAAACGACGCAAAUCAAUCAAUAGCCAUUUCGUUGUCGGCGGCCGGACUGGAUGUGCCAUUGUGGAUGUGGAAGAUCCUCAAAUCCCCAAGCAAAAACGCCGGAAUAGCUUUCGUAACAUUGAAUAACCCUUACGAAACUAAAAAACCAGACGAGCUGUUGUGCACUAAUGUUUGUGAGCGAUAUGGCUGGACUGAACAGGACUACAAUAAUUUCACGGCGGGAUUCACCUAUUGUUGCGAUCCAAAUGAUCUGGUUCGAAUGGUUCCUCAUAUCCCUUAUGAAGGAUUGGUCAAAGAAGUUCUUACCCCCUCAAUGUUGUCUUCUAGUGCGAAAAGAUUGUCCGCAUGGUAUCACUUGAUACUGGUGGUUGGAUUGGUGCAUCUGCUGAGAAUGGUGUGAUUUUUCGGAGUAUUCAACUCAUAUAUUUAAAUAGAAUCUAGGAUACUCGACUGGAAUGAUUUUAACUGUGAUUUUAUGGCUUUCUCAGUCUAGGGAAAUCAAAACGGAAAGUUUUGUUUUGCCCUUUAAAAAGGGGAAAACAAAAUUUUCCGUUUUGAUUUCCCUAGACUGAGAAAGCCAUAAAAUCACAGUUUAAAUAGAAUUCUUUACGGUGCUAGGCGAGUAAAUAAACGUAAUCGUAGGAUAAACUCAA